AUGGAUUCUACAGAACCAUUUGUUGGAAAGAUUGUUGUAUUUGGAGGAGAUUUUCGACAAGUGUUACCAGUUGUCCCACGAGCAACGAGACAACAAACGAUUAAUGAAAAUUUUUCCAUUUGGAAGCAAAUGGAAAGAUUGCAACUGACCAAAAACAUGAGAGCUCAUAGUGACAGUCAAUUUGCAGAAUAUUUAUUAAAGAUUGGGAAUGGAACUGAAACAUSAGUAGAAGAUGAUUAUAUUUGCCUCCCAGACGAUAUUACAAUUACAGGUGAAAAUGAUGAAGAUGCAAUUAUGAAGUUACUCAAUGUUGUUUAUCUUGAUCUUGAACAAAAUGCAAUAACUUCAUCAGAAUACAUGACAAAUGGGCAAUUCUAUCAACUACAAAUGAGAAAAUUUUUUGAAUUCAUGAGUUUUGAUGAGGCAAUUGACGACACACAUAAUUACUAUCAAGAAGAAUUCCUCAACUCAUUAUUGCCUAAUGGUAUUCCUCCGCACAAGUUGAUGUUGAAAGCAAAUUGUCCAGUUAUAUUGUUAAGGAAUUUAGACCCAGCUAAUGGUCUAUGUAAUGGAACACGAAUGGUUUGUCGUGAAUUUCGCAAAAAUAUCAUUUAUGCAGAAAUCACCGUUGGAAAGAAUGCUGGCAAACAAGUUUUCCUUCCACGCAUACCUAUGAGUCCUGCAAAUGAUGAAGGAUAUCCGUUCAAAUUCAAGAGAAAGCAAUUUCCGAUACGACUAUGCUGUGCCAUGACUAUUAAUAAGGCUCAAGGACAGACAAUACCGAACGUAGGAGUUUAUCUUCCUUAA